AUGUCUAAGAUCCUGCUGGCAUUGCUAGGCCUGGCGACGGGAUCACUGAGCGUCGACGAAGGCCGCGGAGGCCGCAAUGGCUGGACCGCUCAGCUGCACCGGCUGGACCUGGAGACCUCGGUUUCCGCCUGCUUGCUGCAGACGGCGGCACACCGAGAGGCGGCGAACGUCAGCGAAGCUUUCCGUCUUCGCAGGACCGAUGUGGAGCUCCGCUUGAACAACAGCCGUUUGAAGACGGAGUUGACGGAGCUCACCGAGCAGCUCGUUGAGGCACACUGGUCCAGGCAUGAACUUCACAUGGACUUUAGGAAGCCACUGUGGCUGACGCUUCUAGUCACUGCCAUUCUCCUGCUUGGCUAUUUGGGGAUAUACUUCAUUCACCUGGUAGCGUUCUUCAGCCACCGCAACUCGGUGCGCGUGGCCAACCGGCGCCGGCCGAGUUGGGAAGCACCUGAGCCGGUGCCGAAGUUCGAAGACUACAACGAGGAGGUCAUCAAGCUGAGGUUCUGUUUGGGCUUGCGGCGCAAGACGGUGCAUCGACUCAUCAUUUUGUUGAUCCUCAUCACCGCCAGUGGUAGCUACUUCGCGUCCCAGGGCUACUUCAAACCUUUGGAAGAGAAGUUGGUGCCCUUCUUAUACCUGGGGUUGGUGGCCAUCCUCAUUGGACAGGCGGUGCUUCGUGAGGUCUGGCAGCGGAACAUGAAGCACUUCGGCCCCAUGAUCGAGACCAUGACCAAGUUCUCCGAAGCGAUGCAGAACUUUGGCGAGAAUACGCUGUUGAAAGAUUUACGCGAGAGCCUCGGCCGAGUGGCAGACUUCUCUGGCUAG